AUCAUCUCGUUCCUGCGGAGGCGUGAUGGGUUCCUGUCUCUCUUGCUCUCUCACAUCGGCACGUCUGCCAUCAUGGACUUGCUCCUCAGACUCCUCACCUGCGUGGAGCAGUCCGCUCUCAGACAGGAAGUGCUCAACUGGCUCAUUGAAGAGAGGAUUGUUCAGAGACUCGUUGACAUGAUUCACCCCUCGAAAGAUGAAGAGCAACACUGUAACGGCUCCUCCUCUCUCUUCGACAUCAUCAGACUGAACCGGGAUCAAUUAAUCCACAUCCAGCUGAGCCCAGAACACGACCAGCUGCUGAGCAUCUUAGAGAGACAGGACACUAUCGAGCAGCUGCUGUCCAACAUGUUUGACGGGAAUCGCCGCGAGUCCGUCCUCGUGAACGGGAUCCAGGUGCUGCUGACCCUGCUGGAGCCGCGCAGACCCAGGCCGGAGCUGGGUGGGAUCGGGGCCUUCUUCGACAUCGACGGGCAACUGGAACUCUGUCACCCCGGAUACGACCCCGCGACCCCACAGAGCAGCCUGGGCGUCCUGCUGGCAAUCCAGCUGAGAGUGAGAGACUUCCAGCAGCUGCUGAGAGACCCGCCCAGGAAAGAGCCAAUCAAAACGACCUGUGGGGUUCUGGACCCGCCCCUCGGUUCCGUGCGCCUCCAGGUGGUAAAGCUGCUGAACUGCAUCCUGCAGGCGAACCAGCUGUCUGUCUGCGAGGAGCUGCUGAAAUUCAGAGUCAUAGAGACCACGCUGGAUCUUUUCUUCCAAUACACCUUCAAUAACUUUCUGCAUACUCAGGUAGAGCAGUGUGUGGGUCUGGUGUUCUCGAACCCCUGGCCAAGGCAGGAGGACCAGACAGGAGAGGAGACUCCCUCCAGCACUCAGGACAACCAGCUAGUAAGACAUUUGUUAGAAAAAUGCGGUUUGAUACAAAGAGUUUUAACAGCUUGGGAAGAGAAUGAAAAACAGCAGAAGGAGGGAGGGAGGAGGCGUGGCUACAUGGGUCACCUGACCAGGAUAGCCAACCACAUCGCUCAGAGCUGUGAGAAGGGGCCAAACCAAUCGGUGACCUCAGAAAUAAUCAAAGCUUUCACUGAGGAGGAGAGGGAGAGGUGGGAGAAUUUCGUGUCUGGAGCUCUUUCUGAAGCCAACCAGAGGAACACUGUGGACCUGGAAAGCACUCACAACAUGCACUGCUCCACUGACGAUGAGGAAGGAGAGCUCAGAGAUUUCAGCUUCCCUCAAGAAGCUGUUCUGCAGCAGGCGUUUGCUGAUUAUCAGAUCCAGCAGAUGACGUCAAACUUCAUCGACCAUUUCGGAUUCAACGAUGAGCAGUUCGGGGAACAGGAGGACGGUGUGAAUAUUCAUCUCCGACAGAUUCAAAGCGCACCUUUCGAUAAAGCUUCCAAUAUCAAUUUUUCCCUCAAUGUUGACAACGAAAGUCUCAACUCCAGUUUGUUUGAUCUCUGCUGUAAGGAGAAGAUUCAGCAGUUUGAUGAUGAGGAGGAGGAGGGUGAGAAUUCGGACGAGGAAGAUGUCUGGCAGGGGGAAGAGCCCCGGCUCUCUGUGGGUGCAUUGACGGGGCGCUGCAGGAGCUCUGGCAGCACAGACAGCCGAAGGAGCAGAGACUCCGAAGAGGAGGAGAGAGAGAACGAGGAAGGGGCCCAACAAACAAGUGUCACCCCUGACCCCAAAACUAAAGAAACAGAUUUUGGCUGGGUCGCUGAUUUCUCCUCCCUCUCUAUCUCCCCGGCUCAGUCGCCGGUGGACCCGGGUUCAAGCAUGUGGGAGCGCUCCGGGCAGCCAAAAGGGAGCGAUGGAGAGAGUUGGGUUAACUUCUCAAACAGGUGUCCCACAAUCCCACGCAGCUCCCAGGAAGUCUCCAUGGAAACAAGCCCCUCCCCUCAGACAGCCGUGACAUCACAGCAGUCUUCUAAGCAAACCACUGACGUCCUUGUCGCAGCUCCUCCCAGCUCUCUGUCGCCCCCUGCCUCUGUGGAGGCCAAACGCACCCCCUCGCAAACAGAAUCUAAUCCUCCUACAGCUCCCCCUGCAGUCGAGGAGGGUAAAUGCACUGCUGAUAUAGAAUCUAAUUCCUCUUCAGCGCCCCCUGCAGUCAAGGAGGGUAAAUGCACCUCUGAUAUAGAAUCCAAUUCCUCUUCAGCUCCCCCUGCAGUCGAGGAGGGUAAAUGCACCACUGAUAUAGAAUCCAAUUCCUCUUCAGCGCCCCCUGCAGUCAAGGAGGGUAAAUGCACCUCUGAUAUAGAAUCCAAUUCCUCUUCAGCGCCCCCUGCAGUCAAGGAGGGUAAAUGCACUGUUGAUAAAGAAUCCAAUUCCUCUUCAGCGCCCCCUGCAGUCAAGGAGGGUAAAUGCAAUGCUGAUGUAGAAUCAAAUUCCUCUUCAGCGCCCCCUGCAGUCAGGGAGGGUAAAUGCACCGCUGAUAUAGAAUCGAAUUCCUCUUCAGCGCCCCCUGCAGUCAGGGAGGGUAAAUGCACCACUGAUAUAGAAUCUAAUUCCUCUUCAGCGCCCCCUGCAGUCAAGGAGGGUAAAUGCACUGCUGAUAUAGAAUCCAAUUCCUCUUCAGCUCCCCCUGCAGUCGAGGAGGGUAAAUGCACCUCUGAUAUAGAAUUUAAUUCCUCUUCAGCGCCCUCUGUGGCCAAGGAGGGUAAAUGCAGCCCUGCGAAACCAGAAUCGAAUACUGAAAAAGUGGUUAAAUUAAACCCAGGUAAUGUAGAAGCCUGUACAGCGCCCCCUACUGCCAAGGAGGUCAAACGCAGCCCCGAAAUUAACAGAGAGACGCAGUCUGGCUCCCCUGCUGGCGAGGAGGGCGACCGCGACUCUGACAAAGCCGGGCGGAGCGGAGGGAGUUCGGGGGCCAGUCGGAGCCCCAAGAAAACGAAAAACCCGCCCACAGCGCCCCCCGCCUCCACAGAAGGGAAGUGCAGCAGCAGCAGCGGACCAGGGAGAGCGACCCCUGGUGGGGAGAGGGAGAGGGAGGAGGGGGCCGCUCUGCCCAAUGGGGAGAGAGAGGGGGGUUCCUCUCCGAGUCUUCCCAGCAUGCAGCGCUGCAGCAGCGAUACAGGAUCUUCAGCAGCUACCUCAGAUCCUCCGUCUGUCACUCAAACCGUUCAGGACCGCCCCCCGGCUGACAUCACAGAGAAAGCCACGCCCACUGAGGAGAAACCACCGUCGCACAGAUAAGCAUUGAAGUUAUCAACAGCAGAAUUCAAGAUCUCUCUCUCUUUCUCUCCCUCCCUCCCCCUCCUUCUCUCAAUCUACGAGUCACGAAGCAGGAAGAAGGGAACGAAAAACACAGGGAGGAAGACGAAGAAAAAGAGGAAGUAGAGAGAGAGAGAGGAAAACUGUGAAAAUAUGAAAUAUGUAAUAAAGCACUUGUCCUGAAAUCAGAGUUUAAGAAAAAAAAACAACAAACUUAUUUUUCUGUCUCCUUUUUGAUUCUUGUUUCCUUUUUAUUCUGUUCAAAAUAUUAAACAUUUCAAAGAUG